AUGGAGAAUAAACCAAGAGACCUGAGUUCGCAUAAUGGCUCCUCAGAAGGUCAUAGUCCUGUAUUAAAUUUAUCCAAAGGUGGUGGUGAUCAUUCAGGGAGUGAAGCCGAUCAUACGACGGCAGCACAUGAUGAUGUAGAUGAUGACGUUGACAGUGUUUCUGAUGCUGAAGACAAUGAUGAAGAUAAAGAUCAAGGUAAGAGAAUUAAUAAGAAAUGCAAAUAUCUUACUUCAUUUUUUCACAUGUAA